AUGAUUCGCAUUAUUUGUGUUUUGUUCGUGGCCGCGUUAGUGAGUGCUGCGCCAGAAAAAAAACCACAUUACAAUUUAAACGACGCUCCGGCCUUGUUCGAAAAAUUCAUCAAAGACUAUGACAGACACUACAAAGAUGCUGCAGAUCGUGAAGAACACUAUAUAGCGUUUGUAAAUUCGUUAGAAUAUAUAAAUAAAGCGAACGCUAAAGCAGGAGAUGGAGGAGCUACUUCCGACAUAAAUAAGUUCGCGGAUUUAACCCCUGAGGAAUGGGACCGUAUGAUUGGGAUUAAGAUAAAACCUCCUUAUUAA